AUCGCGUGACGUCAGGCGCAUCACGUCACCUCGGGCACCUUGGCUCCGGAAGUGACACCUGGGCGCGAAUGGCGACGCGAAGUCGGUGGUUGUGUCCGCGCGUCUGAAGCUGCCGCUUGCUGCUGCUGCUGCUGCCGCCGUUGUUGUUGUUGUUGCUGCUGCUGCUGUUGUCGCGUCGGUUGUUGUGGUCGAGUUCGUGGUUGUCGUGAUGUGCUGAAUUGUACGGCCCGCUUCGUGGAAAUUCCCCGACUCGACCUCCCGCCUAUCGCGGCAAGAUGGCUGCAUUACGACUGAGCGAGGAUGAUGUCCUGAACUUCCUUGUUUCGCGCGGUGGGGAAGUGCCGAAUGCUGAUCUGCGCAAGCACUUCCGCGACUUCUUAGAGUCGGGAGAUGCGGAGAUGAGAGAGCGUUCUCGUCAAUGCUUCAAGCAAUGCGUGAACGCCGUUGCGACUGUGACCAAGACUAAUGGAGCUACGUGCGUGCGCCUGCGCAAGCGCUAUGCUGCACUCUUGAAGGGAGGAACGAGCGGCGCUAGCGGGCAGCGGCGGAGCGACCGGAGGAGCAGCCAGGAGCAGAUGAAUUUGCAGAGGCAAGGGCAGGGAGACAGGAUGGGCUCGCGAGAAGGACAAGGAGGCGAUCGCUAUCUGGAAGACAGGAGGAGUGAUGAACAUUAUUUUAUUCCAGGAGAAGAGCAAAGCCACCACCUUAGUGAUUCCAUGGGAGCGGGGUCGACAUCAUCAUGGGCAUCAUCGCCUCCCGGGUCAUUGAUGUCGGCGCAAGUGGGAAGCUACGGUGAGGAGGAGCGACGAGGCUACUACUGCGCCGUAGGGGAAGGGCAAGUGGAUGUACCGGAGCCAGAACCCGUCCCAUCUGACGUCAAGCCUCUUGACUUCUCAAAGGGGUUUGGGAUAGUCCUGGUUGGGUCGAGUCUCGCUGAGGCAGCUCAGCAAGUGGGCGAGUGGCGCAUUGGCGAUCGAGAUGAGCAGGGUGGCGUUUCGAGCCAUCCCGUACAAGCGGGCAGCAGCACUGGAGCAUCGCAGUUUCUGCGUGGCGACGAAUGCAGGGAGAGUGCAGGUUUGGUCUCUGAUGAGAGGACAGGAGGAUUCGCACCAGAUACAGUGUCAGGACUAACUGACGGAUGGGAACCUGCGGUGGCUGCAUGGGAAGCACAAUCCAAGUACUCUAACUCCUCCGAUGCGAGGCAUAUUCAUGGUGAGCAUUGGCAAGUGAUUCCAGGUGCAGUUGGCCAAUCAGAAAGCAACACAGAUGACAGCCAAUCAGAACGGGUUUCACUAUCGUCCGACCAAUGGGCAAUGCCAUCACACGCACUUGAACCACAAGGCAGACAUGUUCACGUUGAUCAGUGGCAUGAGAUUCAUGGAGCAACCGGCCAAAUGGAGAGCAGCACUGAGGAAACUAGCCAAUGGAGCAGGAACACUGCCAUUGAAGGCUGGCAUCAAAGAGAAGUUUUGCCAUUUGAGUACAGCCAUGGAGAUUCUGUCACACACCCACAUACAGAUGGACACAGAGAUCAGAUGCAAUUAGAGCAACCCUACUGGGAAGGUCAGUCUCUUCCUGAACAUAUUCAUAGGGAUGGAAAUAGAACCCUGGAACGUCCAGAUACUGACAUGUACAUAUCACCAGGUGCAUAUUACAACAGCAGCUAUGGCAGGGAAGAGCAGUCGAUUUCUGAAAGACAUCGCUCUGACUGUUGGUCAACCUCUGGAUAUUAUGGACCGUCAGUUGGUGUUUAUGAUUCGGGCGUAGAACCCGGAACUCAGUUCCAGAGCCAUGAGAGGGAAUGGAGUGAUAACCAUGACCAUGUCCGCGAAAGCACCAGGCCCUAUGUAGAGGCAGCUGUUGGCAGACUCAGAACUGAUGUGCCACGUGGCGGUUGGGAAGCAGCACAAGACCUCUAUCUAAAUGAACCAAACCCCCAAGGCAGCCAGCUGAGCGAAGAGAACAUGUAUAUGACUUUAGAAACGCGGGAAGGAGGUGGCAGUGUUGGGCAAGGUGCUGAAUACCCGCACAGGGCGCAUGACCCUCCGCUACACGGUGCUGGGUGGCAUCAUUUGCAGAUGGAGGGCGAGCGGGCUACCAUGCCCGAUCGGUCACAUGAACGCGCAGAUGAUUAUCUGGAAUUGGAAAGAACUGAUCAGUGGAACAAGCAAUACCCGCAACCUGGAAGUGAAAUCCCCUCCAUUACGUUCACUCGAGAUAACGAUCCUCAGAGAGGUGUAGCAAUGACGAAGGUAAACUUGCCCGCAUUUGUUCGUGUUGAGCCAUUGCCGCAGUCCACAUCACAAUCCUCACGGCGAUCAGACAGUAGCCAGGAAUGGAGGGAGUCCGAGUUGGACGUGCGCCUGAGCACACCGGCAGAGUCGGAAAGGAGGAGGAGCUCGGCCCAGCACUCUCAGCACGACUUGAACCGCAACGACUAUGAUGAGAAAAUGGAAGUCGAAAAAAAGCACACCGUUACUCGCCGCGUGGACAUACUUCCCGAGACUCUGGCAGAUGCACAAAAUUCCAGACGUCCAGAUGUGAACGCACCCCAGGGUAAGCUGCUGCCGCCGCCGCCACUCUAUGCGAUGAUGAGUCGUUACCUGAGCUCCUCCGAGCUGCGUUCUCGUGGGGAUCCUCGCUUCAACACAAGAGAAAAUCAGCCCUUGCCGAUCGCGACGUCCAGCCGCAGCCGCUCUUUCCCCUCACUACGUUUUGACAUUCCCCCGGAUGCCACCGAGGAUGAUUUGGCGGAAAAGGAGAAGAGGUCAAUGAGAGAAUCUCAGAACGUGACAGCGGCGGCGGGUGAGCAGCGUCCCUGGUUCCCGCACAGUAGCCAAUCUCCGCGCAUGCACCAGGACCAGUUCAAGCAACGCGAUUGUGAUCAUCGUCAGGAAGGGUCACUUCACUCUUUCGCAAGUUCAGACAGACGGCAGCCGUCAACAACUGAGGUGGCCGCACGCGGCAUCCCGAUGUUUAUAAAACACGCCUUGACGCAGGGGCGACGACCCCGGCUGCGAGCCAAGGCUCUGAUGGAGAAGAGCCACUCUUUGGUCAACCUCCAACAUGAAAAUCAGUGGGAAUCAAUGGCCUCAUAUCAGCAGCCUGCUGACUUCCUCGGUGCUACUGCUGAGUAUCCAGAAUUGUUCUCAGAGAAGAGCAAAUCUUUAAGGGAUCUCUAUGAAUACAGCGAUGAGAUUGGGCGUGAAGGUCAUCCCAGAGACUGGAAUGUUGUUCACGCCAACGCACGUGAGCCACUCCGAGAGACUGGGAGGAGAGCUGUUCUAGAAAAGAGCAAAUCAUUGCGCGAGUUCCAGAGUACUGAUCAGCCGUACUCGUUUCAAAAUCAAUAUAGGCCAGAUGAUCACAGAUUCAGCCUUACAGAUCAAACUUUAAUUAACAGAAGUGAGGACAGAGACAGACUAGUAUUAGAAAAGAGCAGAUCUUUGAAGGAUCUCUAUCAGAGUGACCAAGAUUUCAAAUUUCAGGAUAAUCAUAAUUAUGCAGGAGAUCGAGAAUUAAAACCUGCUCGUGAUCAUCCCUCAGUUCCGCCAGCUCGUUUCGUCUUACCGGAAAAGAGUUUGUCUCUGAGGGACCUCCAUCAAAACGACAACCAUUUUGAGCAUCAUCGUGAGGUACGUCGCAAUGAAAGAGAUUUUCACAACCCUGCAGUACGGACGCAGAGUUUAGGCAGGGAUAGCCAUGUUUUAAUGGAAAGCCAAGCAAUGGGAGAUAUUCAGAGUCACCACCUGGAAAGGCAUCAAGAUAAGUUUCAUAAACGUCCAGAUCUGGGCUACACAGACACACGCCCAAAAGUCUGGACCUACCCACCACUGGAAGACUCUGAAUCCAGUCUGGCAGGACAAGACAUGUUCGUGCCAAAUUUGUUACCGGACAGAGAGGAAGUACACCCAGAGUACGUGUCUGCACUCGUCAGCUGUGACGAUGGAGCCAUCCUGGACAAACUUCAUCCUCGUCGCUCUACACAAUCAGACGUGGAUAACAUUCCUCCUCUGUUUGCCGAAACCAUGGAGACAGUCCCCACGGAGCCGCGGGCCCCAUCACCAGCGCUGUUAACGGCACUGCCGGUAACUUCUGAACAGCUGAGUGGCGGUGACCAGGCUUUAAUUGAACGGCAACAAGACCACUACGACUCUGAGGAUGACAGUGCUUUGGCGGACAACCUGCGUCGCGUCGCAGCUGAAAUCGUCCACUCUCCAUUGCGGACUCGGGCGCAGGUCACCCGCGCGGCGUGGAAACAACAACAGCAGCAGCAGUCGGCACCACUGCCGGGGGAGCACUCCUUGGCUCCUUCCUCGUCGUCAUCCUCCGCCGCGCCCCGCUCACAGGACAACGAUGACGACGACCCCUCCUACGGAAGCGCCGACGAGGAUUUCGCCUCUAACGUCCGACGCGUGGCCAAGGGCCUGCUGGCGGCGCAGACAGGGGGAGAUGGGCAGAGCCGCCUGAGCCGACAGGGCUCGCGCAUGUGGAAGAAGCCCGUGGCGCCGGUCGACUGGAGUCUAUGCGUUCCGCAGGAGGUCAGCAGGAUCAACGAGAUCCUGUCGCACAGCGCCUCCCGCAACAAUCUCCGCAAGCAGCAGCAGCAGCUGGUGGUGCCACAGCAGCAGGACAAGGUGAAGAAGGUGGCGCCGGUUCACCUGGACACGGCGCCGGCGGUGAUCGAGCCCGGGGGACCGGCGAGAGAGACACGUGUGCGGGAGCGUUCUAGAGACCGCCUACAACCAGAGACCUUGAGCAGAGUCCAACGUGUCUGGAUGCUUUCUGCUGUCCGGGGCGACUUCCGCUCCCUCUUCCGGAUCAUGCAUACCAACCCUCACCUGCUGCUCACGAAGGACUUGAUGUCGGGCUUCACGGCCCUGCACUGGGCGGCGAAGCACGGAGACACCAACGCUGUCAUCAUACUCUACCAGCAAAUGAACAAAACGCGUCCACCACACGCGCCGGGUGCCACAGGCCCCGGGGUGGAGGAGCCGCGGUCGCGCGUGGGGCACACGCCCCUGCACGUGGCGGCCAUGUGUGGCCACAAGGAGGUCAUGAGGCUGCUGGUGAACAGAUUUGGGGCGUUUGUGGGAGCACGAGAUGCUGCCGGCCGGCGACCAGGACAGUACCUCCCAGCGUCCUCCUCGUCAGCUGACAUCAUUACCUUGCUGGACUACCGCCCGGGCCUUGCUCGCCCCGUUGCCGCACCAUCGCCAAGCCCUCUUCGCGCGGCAAAGAAAACCGGGGUCGGCCUGGCCUCCUCGCAGUCUAUGAGCCGCAAGAGCGUCAUGUCCGUCAUGUUUGGACACGGCUCUGAAGACGGCCACUCCGUGAAACCGGGGCGGCCAAAAUCAUCCUAUCUGUCGUGAGCACACUAAUGUGCGUGUGCAUGCGUGUCCAGGAAACCCUCGGGCUGCAUUAAAAAAAAAAACAACCACGUUUCCUUUAAUGGUUCAUGCAGAACGUGAUUAGAUGCUUCAUUCUUUAUUAAUUUAUGGUUGGGUAAUGUACUGUAAAUAUAACCACCGAGCCCUGGGGUCAUGGAGGUGAUUUGACCAUACUUCCAACACGCUGGUCAGUGUGGGGUUGCUGAUGGCUGGGAGCAGGGAUGCGGGAGUAUAGUGUUACAGUACAGGACAACAGUGGAAUUUUCCGCAACUGCCUUCCGGUGCUCCACGGCCUAUGACCUCUAUUAUGCUUGAUGGUCGCCUAUCCAAGCACUAUCCAGGCUUAAUAUUGCUUAGCUUGUGAGAUCUGACGAGGGUGGGUGUGUUCUGCGUAAUUUUGUCAAAUACUGUCCUGGUUUUUUUGUUGUAUUGCUCCCAGGUAUGUAGAACGUCAUUUAUAUGCCUCUGAACCUGGGCCCUUCUGGCUUGAUAUUGAAUGCGGUUUAUAAUGGCAGAGCAAUGCAGACAACUGACAUGUACAGUUGCAGUAAUGGACUUUGUGAUGCCUUCCGUAAAGUGCGUGUGCCACCUGGGGCAGUUUUGGCGAUGCAGACUGCACUUGAAUGAUUAUCGCGAGCGUUAUGCCAAUGGUACUGAAAAUAAGUAGCUGAUGAAGUCGUCAGCACGCCCGUCGUAAAGCUAGUUGCACUGGAUCAGUGAUGCGAUCCCUUGUCUGCCCAUUAGUACGGCAAGGAAUUACCACAGCGUGGCUUCUGUAAAGCAAUAAGACACUGAAGUCAUUGAGCGUGUGGGCAAUUGUGUGCCAGUGUAGUAGCAGUGUUCCAAUGUUAGAAAAUUAGUCUCAAAAUGACAACUGGUUAUUGGAUGCCUAGCAAUAUUCAUUUUGAAAAUAAGAGUCGUGUGUACAUGAGUUUUGUUUGUGUUACAAAUUAAAUUGAAAAGAAAACCUUAUUUGUGACAAGACAUAUGUUACUGCUCAGAUGUUUUUUUAUUUGAUUUUACAAAGAAUUUAACUUUCCUGUGAACUUGGUAAAUAACUUGUUUUGCUCCACUAAUUUCGAGGUGGGUUUGUAAAUCAAAUAGCAGGCAUCGUGCUGCAGUGCCCAGGCCGGGGUAUGUGUGGAAGUGGAACUUCUUUCGCACCGGUACGUAGCCAAUCGUGCUAAUUGGAGGCAGUGCAGUCGCAUGUACCGGGUCAUUGCUCGUUAAGCGCUCAUCAUUUACCGAGCGUGAUGUGGAAUGCCCUCUUCCACUGUGAAGUAGGCCAGUGGGAAAAAAAGAUGCUGUUAUUACCACUAUUAUUACCACUGCAUGAUGGGUGCACUUGGUUUUAGGGACGGCGGUAACUUAACAUUGGCUUGGUUCUGCUUGGUGUACUGUACUGGGGUCAUGGUCGUCUUGCAAAUAUCCUGUCAAUAAAGCUUUCACUCUGUGCCUUGGUAAGACAUGUCAGACAAUAUAAGUACACCUCGAUGAUACGGCAUCAAACUGCCACGGUACCACUGCACGUUGUAAAUGCUGUAGAUGUUUAAAAUAAGAUUCGUGUUGAAAGUAGAAUGUAAAGAUGCUGUAGAAUGUAAAGAUGCUGUAAGUACAGUGGUGGAAAUAUGAGGAUAUACGUCGUUACGCCAUGUCGGCACUUGUCACAAGACCAAACUUUUGUGUACCGACACUUUUCAGAAUGGUUCCUUUUCCUAUGCCACGUUGAUUCCAUAGAGAGGAAACAGCAGUGACCAUGGGCUGCAGGACGAAUAGGUUUCAUACGGGCACAUGUACAUUGUGACAACUGUGUAAGUGCCCACAUUUGGGAAUGAGAUGCAUCUUGAUGGGCCUGGGAGAAGAAUGCUCGUCUUGAUUGGAUAGUUGUGAGUUUACACAGUGGGAGGAAAGUGGUAAGUUGAUGGAAGAACGUGUCAGACAGUGGCACCCGCUAUUGUGCCGAGAUGGAUGGUGGGGAAUUGCGAAACAAUGUGUGCAGUGAAGUGACGAGAAAUAUGUAUUUAUCAUGUGCAGUACAAUGUUCACUUUCCACAAACUCGCAAAUACGAACAUGACUUGUGAGCACACGUUCGGUGCCAUAUACGAAUAAAUCUAGAGUUAUACAGUCACAGGCUUGUUUUAUUUUUUAAGUGACUUGUUACUAUGCAUGGGGAAUGCAGUGCUUUAUUAUACACGGAGAUGACUGCCUUAAAACUGCGUGAUGAUAGAUUUGUCUUGGGUUGUCACGCAUUGUGACGGUCUGUUUUUAACUUAAAUUUGUUGUCGUCUUGAAUUACAAUUGUAAUGUACAACUCUUAUCAGUCCGCUGCUGCACGAAGGGCUGAUAGGCUUAUUUGCGAGUAACGUGACUUAUGAAAAUGGCAAACGCAAUACUUAACAGCAUUAAAUCAUUUGCGUCAUUGUGGAGAAUGUAAGUACAGAAACAAUAAAUAGAAAAUAAGCCGCCUUCCCAUGUUCCUCCAAAUAAAAUACAAGCGUGUUUUACACA